GCGAUCAUCACAAACAACCGUGACGUGGAGGAGAGACACAUACCUUCUGUUUGUUAUUUACCAGUCUGCUUUUGUUUCAAGCUGCGGAUUGGUUUAUUAUACAUUUUACAGCCCAUUUCGAUGAACGGCCAUUAACAGCUAAUACAUGCGUUCGUUAUACGCCAAAUGAUGCAUUUGCACAGCGGUUGAUGAGCAGAUUCCAGGGUGUGUCCAGUAUUUUGAGAGGCAGAAGCGUGUGGGUGAAUAAUUAUGGGUUCGCUCGGGAGCCGCUUUCAGUCGUCACCCCGGGGCCCAGAGGAGGCUGUGGAGAGGCAGUGCACUGCAAACAGACACAGCUGUGAGUGCAGGAAGAGGAAGCGUAGUUCACACUGUGAGUGUGACAGCGAACCUGAGGAAGAGGACAGUCAGUUGGACACGCCACGCAGGAAAAAGUUGAAAAGCACCUCUAAGUACAUCUACCAGACACUAUUUCUAAAUGGGGAGAACAGUGACAUCCAGAUCCGUGCCCUGGGGCAGGAGUGGAACCUGCAUAAAAUAUACCUGUGUCAGUCUGGCUAUUUCUCCAGCAUGUUCAGUGGAUCCUGGAAGGAGUCUAACAUGAUGGUUAUUGAGCUUGAGAUUCCAGACCAGAAUAUUGACACUGAGGCCCUGCAAGUGGUUUUUGGAUCACUCUACAGGGAUGACGUGUUGAUCAAACCAAGUCGGGUUGUUAAUAUUCUCGCUGCUGCUUGUAUGCUUCAGUUGGAUGGACUGAUCCAGCAGUGUGGAGAGACCAUGAAGGAGAAUGUGAAUGUGAAGACCGUGUGCAGCUAUUAUAACUCGGCCACUAUGUACGGCUUGGAUUCCGUCAUGAAGAAGUGUUUAGAGUGGCUCCUCAAUAACCUCAUGACGCAUCAAAACGUGGACCUCAUGAAGGAGCUCGGGGCAGAAAUUAUGGAACAACUCAUUCAAUCCUCUGAUCUGUUCGUAAUGCAAGUGGAAAUGGACGUCUACACGGCACUGAAAAAGUGGAUGUUCUUGCAGCUUAAUCCAUCUUGGGACGGCCCUAUCAAACAACUACUGCUCGAUGCAGACGCCUGGCUGUGUAAAAGAAGAAGUGAGGCUGGAGAAGAGGAGCCGUUUCUAAACACAGACGACGGGAUGCCCUUCGUCCCCGUUUUCAGACACAUCCGCCUGCAGUACAUUAUCAAUGACCUUGCCUCUGCCCGCAUGCUCGAACGGGACAACAUCCUACCUCCUGAGUGGCUGAGCGCCGUGUACAAACAGCAGUGGUUUGCAAUGCUGAGAACAGAACAUGAUAACGAUAACGGACCACAAGAGGCCAAUAAAGAGGAGUUUGAGUUAAACAGCAUGCGCUGUGGCCGGAAACUGACCAAAGAUGGAGACUACUGUUGGCGAUGGACUGGGUUCAAUUAUGGCUUUGAUCUGCUGGUGACCUAUACAAAUCGUUUCAUCAUUUUUAAGAGAAACACCCUCAGUCAGCCAUGUGGAGGCGCUGUCAGUUUACAACCACGACGCCACCUAGCGUACCGAUUGCGCCUUGCUUCAUUUGAUAACAGUGGAAAAGUGGUUUGCAGCCGGUCAACUGGCUACCAGCUUGUUACCCUUGAAAAGGACCAGGAAUACGUGGUGAUGAAUCUGGACAGCCGGCUUUUGUCUUUUCCUCUUUAUGUGUGCUGUAACUUCCUCUACACUUCCCCGUCCAGUGAGAAGAGAGGUGACACACCAGAGCCGGAAAACAGCGCCCGCAGUGUGUCGUGACCCCACACAGCAUAAAACCUCCAUCAGUCACCAGCCCAGCCUUCUUAUGAUGAUUUACAGUUAAAGGGAUGGUUCACUCGAAAAUGAAAAUUCUGUCAUUAAUUACUCACCCUCGUGUCAUUCCAAACCUGUAAAUAACACGAAUAAAGAUAUCUUUGACAAAAUCUGAGGGCUUUCUGACCCUGUACAGACAACAAGAGUUCUACCAUGUUCAAGGCCCAGAAAGGUAGUAAGGACCAAUAAAUAGUCUAUAGACUUCAGUGGUUCAACCUUAAUGUUAUGAAGCUAUGAGAAUACUUUUUGUUUGCAAAGAAAACAAAAAUAAUCACUUUAUUAAACAAUUCUCUGCAGGGACAGAACGCUCUCACAUUUCAUCAAAAAUGUCUUAUUUUGUGUUACGAAGUUGAACAAAGGUCUUACAGGUUUGGAAUGACAUGAGGGUGAGUAAUUAAUGACCAAAUUUUUAUUUUUAGGUGAACUAUCCCUUUAAUGAGCUUCAUGUAUAUCAUUUCAGUCAUUUUAUUUGUAUGCUUAAUGUGUAAAUAGUCAGGUGCCUUUUAAAUAAUUUGCUAUGUAUCAGCAACACAGCUAAGAGCAAGUGCUCUUGGUCAUGAACUUUUUGAUUCUGUUUGUAUUUGUUUGGAAGUUGUCUUAUAUUUAAACUUGUUAGGCUGGUUAUUAAUUUGUCAGUCAUUCCCUUUUUUUUUUUUUUUUUUUUU